CCCCUUUGGGCACCUAGCUUAAAGGGAUUAAUUGCUCAAGCCAGCAUAUUGUAUUUCAGUUAUCUCUAGUCUUGAUUGCUAGCACACGUUCACAGCUUCACUCUAUAAUUCUUUGUUCUUUUCAACGUUUAUAUAUCAAGCUCAUAUUGUUUUUUCCACUGUUACGAUGCCGCGAGAAAAGAAAUGUCCAGGCUGCAAGAAGCCAGUAAAUGAUCAUGAUUUUGGCGUGCCAGGGAAACAUUGUGACGGUCCUGGGGGCGUUCCCGAAAUUCAGGGCAAUUCUACUACACGGAACGACGAACUGUUGAAUUCGCUCGCCGCCGCUGUUCAAACUCUCACGGCCGAGGUUCAAAGUUUGAAGGCCGAUCAUGCUAGCAGUCGUCAGUCCCAUUCCUUGCCGCCCUCCGACGUUGCUUCGUCGUCGCGAUCUUCUAAAGAUGUAUCGCCGCGCCGUGCGACGACGGUUACUUUGCCCGAGCUUAGAGCCAUGGAUGACUUGGCCGACGCGGCGGAUCGACGUGUGGCUCAUGUUCUGCCCAUUGCAUCCAGUGAGUCCGAUGAGGAAGCUGAUAUGGGUGCGCUGGCUUCCUCUCCGUUACGGAAGCCAAAUAAAGCUGAAUUCGUGGCGGGGUAUGCACAGAUUCUACAAUUACGAGAGAUCAGUUCGUUCGAGCGCGCCGAACGACACAAACAUUUGGUAACGCUGAUGUAUCACGCACAGCUAUACGAAUGGGAGGCGGUGCUUGCCUUCCAUGGAGCGGUUUUGCUUGAAAUCGAACGUGGCUUAUUGAUGUGGGGUGAUUCCUUUUCCCACCUCGAAAGCAGAACCCUCCAUGGUCAGCUACUUUCACCGCCGAAAAAGCAGUCUUACAGUUCAGGGCCGACAUUGUUUUGUAGAGAUUAUCAACGCGAGAAGUGCAUUCAUACCAAGGAUCAUUAUGGUUACGUCCGAGGCGAACGUAAAUGGGUAAAACAUAUUUGUGCGGCUUGUUGGGUACAAUCGAGAAAACAGGAAUCGCAUAGAGAGGAUUCAUCUGAUUGUCCGCUUUCAGGGGAAUCAAAAAACUGAUAAACUUCGCCCUUGGUCAAGACAUUGGGGGCGUUCCUUCCGUUACUGUUGCUUCAUUUCCGGAUAUGUCGUUUUGUGCUUUGAAUGCUGAUGCUUGCUCCCAGCCGCUAAAGGCUGCAGUUCCUGACUGUCGUGGCUUUUCCACGGGCGCUGAUUAUAUUCAUGAUGUGUGUUUUCCUCAGCCGGUGGAGGCUGGUGUUCUAGACUGUCGUGGUUUUUCCACGGCCUUUCCUCGUGACUCUCAGCAGGCGAAUGAUUUUUAUUUGUACGCACAUGAGUUAGUUUUUCGUUCUGGUCGCCCGAACUUUGUGGUUUCUCGCCUGCCCGUUCCAAGUUCCCUAAAGAUCAAUACUUGGAGGACUUUGUUGUAUGAUUAUGACGACCAAAUGAUUUGUGAUUUCCUGGAGUUUGGUUGGCCGGUGGGUUUCACUGGCGAUACUGUUCCUAUUUUUGAUGCUCGCACUCACCGGGGUGCGCUCAAUUUUGCGACUCAAGUUUCAGAGCAUUUACAACGUGAAGUCUCGCUUGGUCGUGUCGCUGGGCCGUUUACGGAUCCUCCCUUCGGGGGUGGAUUUGUUACUUCACCGUUGAACACGGUUCCCAAGCGAGAUUCUGAAGAACGUAGGGUAAUUGUGGACUUGAGUUGGCCUAAGGGCGGUUCAGUAAAUGAUGGUAUUCCGUGUGAUAGUUUUCUGGGAGAUCCGUUCGUGACUUGUUAUCCCACUAUAGAUGACAUUGUGGAAGCGAUCGUGCAGUUUGGCCCGGGUUGUUUUCUCUAUAAGAGGGAUCUGCGGCAGGCGUAUAGGCAGUUUCCUGUGGAUCCCGGCGAUUACCGUUUACUUGGAUUCCUCGGCUUUGGCCUCUCUGCAAAAGGAUCUACGACAGACAUUACAAGCUGCUUAUAGCACAGGGACAUAUAGUAAUUUAAAGACUCAAUUUAAGGCCUUUUUUCUAUUUUGCUUAUAUUUUGACUUGACUCCAUUACCAGCAGACAUAGAUACGGUCUGUCUUUAUGUACAGUUUUUAAGUCGUUCGAUUGCACCACCUUCGAUUCGUAAUUAUUUAAGUGGGGUCAAGUUAUUACAUCUUUUCGCCGGUUAGGACUAUGCAUUUACUAAGGAUUUUAGUUUAUCCCUAGCCCUGCGGGGAGUUUCCCGUAGGAUACCACAUGUACCUCAGAGGGCUCCACCGGUAACUCCUAGCCUUUUAUUGCUAGUUGCGCGAACAGUAGAUUUUCAACAUGAUGCUAACUCUUUUACAUUGUAUUGCGCAUUUCUCUUUGCAUUUUUUCUUAUGGCGCGUAUAGCUAAUAUCGUACCGCUUUCUAUUAAGGCAUUUAAUCCAACCCGCGAUCUCACACGGGGUGAUGUUUUGUGUAACGAACACGGGCUUAUCGUCACGUUUAAGCAUACAAAAACUAUUCAGUUCGGUCAGCGUCGAUUACACAUUCCUCUGUUACGUAUUCCAGGCUCGUUAUUAUGUCCGGUCGCUGCCUAUAACAACAUGAUUCGCCUGGUACCCGCUUCUGCACGCAAACCGCUGUUUUUAUUGCUUGGUCAUUCAGGCCCGUUUGCUUUGACGAAGUCCCGUUUUGUUACCGAAUUUCGUCUGGCGCUUUGCUCAGUGGGGGUUGCUCAUGCUGACUCAUAUCGGGGUCACUCAUUUCGACGCGGCUGUGCCUCUUGGGCGUUUAACCACGGAGUACCAGGGGAAUUGAUACAGUUGUAUGGUGAUUGGGCUAGUGACUCUUACAAAUUGUAUUUAGAAUUUAGUAAUCAAUCAAAAUUGGCGCUUGCUUCCCAGCUACGUGCUUCCAUUCAGGCCAGUAGUUAGGCCUUCUGCACUGUUUUGUUGUUUGGCCGGUGGUUUGGU